UUUCUUCCUUCUCUCUCCCUUUCCUCUCGCCAGUCCGCCACCACCGCCGCCGCCAUGUCCAAUAGAGCCAGAAACUUCCGCCGCCGCACUGGCGGCGACGACGAUGACGACGACAACUACAACAUCAAGGAUUCCAACGCCAAAAACGGACCGUCCACCACCACCGCCACAACCACAACAACUAAGUCGCUUCUAAAACCCUCGUCCACAUCCGCUUCGAAGCCCAAGAGGCCGCCCAACCAAUCGACGAAGCUCCUCAGCUUCGCCGACGACGAAGACAACGAAACCCCUUCCCGCUCCAAACCCUCCUCUUCCUCCAAGCUCUCCUCUUCCUCUUCUCGCCUCUCCAAGCCCACGUCUUCUCACAAGAUGACUGCUCUCAAAGACCGUCUCCCUCACUCCUCGUCUUCUUCUCCUUCUUCUUCCUCUCUAUCUCUUCCCUCCAAUGUCCAGCCUCAGGCCGGGACUUACACCAAAGAAGCCCUCCGCGAGCUCCAGAAGAACACCCGAACCCUCGCCAGCUCCAAACCUUCGUCGGAGCCCGUCAUUGUUCUCAAAGGUCUACUCAAGCCGUCGGAACUGGCGAAGUCCGACUGGAAAUUGGACUCCGAGGAGGAAGACGAGCCGGACGAGCUCAAGGAGAGGAGGGGCGAAUUGGCGUCGAUGGAGAUUGGGGCGAAGGGGAGGGAUAGGGAUAACUCGUCUCCGGAGCCGUUGAUUCCCGAUCAGGCCACGAUUAACGCGAUUCGGGCGAAGAGGGAGCGGCUCCGGCAGUCGCGGGCCGCUGCGCCGGACUUCAUCGCGCUGGACGCAGGGAGCAAUCACGGGGAGGCGGAGGGGCUGAGCGACGAGGAGCCGGAGAAUCAGACACGAAUUGCGAUGUUCGGGGAGAAGGCAGAGGGGCCGAAGAAGGGCGUGUUCGAGGACGACAUUGAUGACAGGGGGAUUGAAUUGGGGUUGCUGAGGAGGAAACAAGGUGUUUUGGAGGAGAAUCACGAGGAUGAUGAAGAUGAGGAGGACAAGAUUUGGGAGGAAGAGCAGUUCAGGAAGGGGCUUGGGAAGACGAGAAUUGAUGAUGGUGGUAAAAAUAGUGUUGUUCCUGUGGUUAAGAGAGAGACUCAACAGAAGUUUGUGAGCUCAGUUGGGUCACAAACUUUGCCUCCUAGUGCUAGCAUUGGAGGGACAUUUGGAGGGUCAUCUGGAGGGUCAUCAACAGGUUUAGGAUUGGGGAUGAUGCCGUUUUCUCAGCAAGCUGAGAUUGCCCUGAAUGCUAUCGAUGACAAUGUGAGGAGACUUAAGGAAACACAUGACCAAGAUUUGGUGUCGCUGAAUAAGGCUGACAAAAAUUUGUCUGAUUCACUAUUGAAUAUUACUGCUCUUGAAAAGUCUCUUUCUGCUGCUGAUGAGAAGUACAAAUUCACGCAAAAGCUUCGUGAUUUUAUUUCUAUUAUAUGUGACUUUCUUCAGCAUAAAGCUCCCUUUAUCGAGGAACUUGAAGACCAAAUGCAGAAGCUUCACGAAAAACAUGCAUCAGCUAUUGUAGAAAGAAGAACUGCAAAUAAUGAUGAUGAAAUGAUGGAGGUAGAAGCAGAGGUUAACGCGGCAAUGUCUAUUUUUAGCAAAAAAGGUAGCAAUGUCGACGUAGUUGCUGCUGCCAAAAGUGCUGCACAAGCUGCGUCUGCUGCCUUAAGAGAACAGGGAAAUCUCCCUGUGAAGUUAGAUGAAUUUGGCAGAGAUAUGAACCUGCAGAAACGUAUGGAGAUGAAAGGGAGGGCGGAGGCUCGUCAAUGCAGAAAAGCUCGGUUUGAUUCGAAGAGAUUAUCCUCCAUGGAUGUGGAUGGUCCCUAUCAGAGAAUGGAAGGAGAAUCAAGCACUGAUGAGAGUGACAGUGAGAGUACAGCAUUCGAGUCACACCGUGAACUGUUGCUCCAGACUGCUGCUCAUAUUUUCAGUGAUGCAUCUGAGGAAUAUUCCCAACUUUCGGUAGUUAAGGAAAGGUUUGAAGAAUGGAAGAGAGAGUAUUCAUCGACAUACAGUGAUGCUUACAUGUCAUUGAGUGCUCCUUCUAUAUUCUCACCAUACGUGAGACUGGAGCUAUUGAAGUGGGAUCCACUGCAUGAGAAAACGGAUUUCUUAAAUAUGAAUUGGCAUUCAUUGUUAAUGGAUUACGGUGUGCCAGAAGAUGGGGGUGGUUUUGCACCUGAUGAUGCUGAUGCAAACCUUGUUCCUGAACUGGUAGAAAAGGUUGCCCUCCGCAUUUUGCAUCAUGAAAUUGUCCAUUGCUGGGACAUGCUAAGCACACUAGAGACAAGGAACGCAGUUGCUGCCACAAGUUUGGUAACAGAUUAUGUUCCAGCUUCUAGCGAGGCUCUUGCUGAUUUAUUAGUUGCGAUUCGAACUCGUCUAGCUGAUGCUGUUGCCAAUCUUACGGUUCCAACAUGGAGCCCGCCGGUACUGCAAGCUGUGCCCAAUGCUGCGCGUCUUGCCGCAUAUCGCUUUGGUGUGUCUGUUCGGUUGAUGAAAAAUAUCUGCUUGUGGAAAGAAAUCCUAGCAUUGCCAGUUCUGGAGAAGCUUGCACUUGAUGAGCUUUUGUGUGGAAAGGUUCUACCUCAUGUUCGAAGUAUUGCAGCAAAUGUUCAUGAUGCAAUCCCAAGAACUGAAAAGAUAGUUGCUUCUUUAUCUGGGGUCUGGGCAGGUCCAAGUGUCACUGGGGAUCGCAGCCGAAAGUUGCAACCCUUGGUGGAUUACCUGAUGCUACUUAGAAAAAUUCUGGAGAAGAAGCAUGAAUCGGGUGUGACAGAGAGUGAAACUAGCGGACUUGCACGUAGGUUGAAGAAAAUGUUGGUCGAGCUCAACGAAUAUGACAAAGCUAGGGAUAUAGCUAGGACCUUCCAUUUGAAGGAGGCAUUGUGAAUUUCAAGAUGCUUAAAGGAACUGCUGGAGAGUUGGGAGAACAGAUUGCAAAAAGGAAAGGGUCAUCUUAGAGACCAAUCUGGAGAAUGCACUUUGGUAAAACUAAAACCGCUGUUUUAUCUUGAAAAUUAAAUUUCAAGAUGACCCCCUCUCCUUUGUCCCGAGGGAUCGCGAUCAGCCGAAAGUUGUGAUGAAUUUGUAAGUCCUCUCUCUCUCACACUCUGCCAUGAUGCUUCGACCAGAAUGUUGACUUCCACAAUGAGCCAUGAGUUUUUCUCAUUUGUGCACAUGGUUUUCCCAGAAUUUUUGGGUUGAGGAUUAACUUAAAAUUGCGGAAGGGGGUGUUCAAUUCUUUCAUCGAUAUUACAACUUGAGCAAAGAGUUGACACUUUUUCCUGUUACUGUGUAGCGUGCUUAAUAGCCAUAGUUUUUGAAAGUUUUCUGAUAGCAAUUUUUGGCCAUAAUAACAUAAUGUAAGAAUAUUUUGUCCUUGGCCAGUGUGCCGAACCUCAUUGUAGGAGCAUAAUAUUACAAGUUGAAGAAAUGAAUAUUUUAAAGUCAAGAGGAAAAGCUUACAUUCAUGGGGAAGGAAAUGAACAUGCUACACAUGGUUGCUCACUCACUUGUACUAGUAAUUCUCGCCUCAAUCUUCUUACUUUUUAUUUAAUCUUUGCCGUCCAUAAUCGUGGUUCUCAUAACAUCGUCAGUCAGCAAUUUUGAUUAUGGCUCCGAGGAUUAGACUGCACGCAAAACGUUUUAAUAAAUAUGCCAGUAAU